AUUGCGGACAGCAUUGUGAAACUUCAAAAAAUGACAUCAGAUGAAAUUUCCGACGGUUAUUUCUUCUUAUCAGUCACUGGACAAAUCGAAAAGGCGGAUUUUCCAUUACAUGAUUACAUCUGGUGCAAGUACUGUUUCGUAUAUGGUCAAGACUGGAUUAAAGUUGCAGUAAGGUGUUUACAAGGAAUAAUCCAAUAUUAGGGAGUAGAUGAAGGGAUGACACAGACUUCCAUCAAGGGCUUCGGGUGUAAUCAACAGAAUAAUUUGAAUUUCCCCAUUGAUAUUUCUUGGAAAUCUACAAACCCUUUUGGUUGUAUGUUAUUAUGCGCCAUUCUCAUAAAAAAUUUAAAGGGCCGCAGAUAGUUCUUCACGCUUAUGGCGUUGAUGUCUUUGGAAAAGACGUUAUUAGAGGAUACGGAGCAGUGCACAUUCCAAUGAAAAUUGGUAGCCACAGAAGAAGAGUGGCCAUGUUUGUGCCACAGUCAUCUUCAAAACUGAUGAAGCUGAACGCUUGGUUGACAGGGAAAAGACCAGAAUUCCUUAAUCCAAAAGUUAUAGCCAGUGGUGAUGGUCGUGGAGUAACAAAGGUACAAACUCAAGGAUUUGUAGAUAUUGUAUUCAAUAUUGCUCUGAAGAAUCUACAAAAUUUGGGUUAUACAAAUGAUAAGAAUAGAGAGAGCCUGCAAGAGGAUUUGUUGAUGUUAGUCAAUACGGAUCCAGUUUAAUGGGAGAUGAAUGCUGCCAGAUGCUAACCCGUGAUUAAUACUUCGGCUUCUGUUUUUUGAUAAUUUUAAUAGUAUAAACCCUUAAAUAACGAAAGGCUUCAUACUUGUUUAAGUCAUCUGUUUAUACUUUGUUGUUUUGUAUUUAUAAUGUUUGAAAUAUCUGUAUUUUCUGGUUUAUACUGAGAGCCAUUUAUUCAAUUUAUAUGAAUAAACAUUGAUUGAGGG